AAUACGGGAACAGAUAUCGCGGUGGAUGAACGUGACGACAGAAGGAAAGGCAUCGGUUCGAUGCUCCAGAGAAGCAAGAUAAAUAAAGAGACGCAGAUAGCAUAUUAGUGUUGCUAUCACAGACCCAUUGUAGGAUGUAUAAAAAGUGAACACAUUUGAAAGAAUGAAAUCACGUCGAAGCAUUAUACAAAAUGAUUGGAAAACUGUCAAGACUUUAGCGUUCCCAGACCGAGUUCACCGUCUGCGUCAAACGUGGAACAAACGACACUCGUCAGAAAUUUUAGGAACCCAAAUACGAACAGUAUAGAAUUACGCAAAUGAUAUUGAUAUAAGUUUUUUCUUCAUCUUGAAUUUUUGUGAUUAUUGAGCAGUUGCGUUAAUUAAGACAAAAUACACAGUUUGUUAUUGGUGAAAUACGGCGUUAGAUGGAUUGCGGUUACCACAUUAUACCAAAUCGAUGUUAACUGCUAACUUCAUCGAUAGGUCUGCAUGACGAGGGAAAAUACACCACUGUGAGGACGGGGUAUUUCAAAAAUGUGAAAAUUAAAAAAUGGACAAAGUUAGUAACGACAAAUGGAGUGACCGGAUGUCGGUUGCCGGACUUCAGCCCGGCGAUAAGGAAAAGUCGGAGGACGCUUCGGCGUCCAACAGCACAUUGUCCAGCGGAAUCGGGAGCGGGGCAUCUGUAAAGAGUGCGGAACUGGACGCUUUGUCUGUGGGUUCAGGAACUGUGGGACUGGGGAAAAUAUUGUCCCUGAGUCUGAAAGGGGAAUGGAUGUUGUUAGAGCAGGCUCUCCGGACGCUGGAUCGAGGAAACCCGGAUGUUUCACAAAAAGAAGAGGAGAGCGGAUUGUCUCCCCUGAUGGUGGCGGUGAGGGAGAACAAGCUGGUCAUUGCUGAGCGUCUUCUGGAUCUCGGGGCCAAUAUUAACGACCGUGCCAAUGACAGUAGGACGGCCCUACAUUAUGCAGCAACCUUUGCCAAAGACGAUGUGGUCAAACUUCUACUUAACAGGAAGGCGGAUCAAAUGAUAUCCGGUGGUCCCAGAGACCAGUUACCCAUACACAUGGCAAGUGCUCGCUCUAGUGGAGCACUAUCAAUUGUACAAAUCCUGCUGAAAGGUUCCAGUAAAGACCUCAGACUUGCUCAGGACAGGAAUGGCUGCGUCCCUCUAUUUUUGGCGGCGGAGGCUGGAAACACGGCAGUCUGUAAGGAACUACUUUCUCAGUGUGCGGAAUCUCAACUUCACCUGCAGAGGAAGGAGAAUGGCGAUAGUGCCCUUCACAUCGCUUGUAGACGACGCGACAUAGAAAUUGCCCGGAUGUUGAUAGAUGCAGGCUCUCCGGUAGAUAUGAGAAAUGAGGACGGCCACACUCCACUUCAUAUCGCUGCGUGGGAAGGUGACGAAGCGAUGGUGAAGUACCUGUACCAGAUGAAGGCAAACCCCAAUCUUACUGACAAACUUGACCGUGUUCCUGUCCACAUCGCAGCUGAGCGUGGACAUACUGUGAUUGUUGACCUUUUGGUGGACAAGUGUAAAGCCACGAUCUCUGCUCGCACCAAGGACGGUAGCACUCUCAUGCACAUCGCAUCUCAGUAUGGUCACCCAGAUACCGCCCUCACUUUUCUUAAGAAAGGAGUCCCUCUUCAUAUGCCAAACAAGUCCGGUGCCAUUUGCUUACACACAGCAGCAAUGAGGGGACAUACCAACGUUGUCAGAGCUCUGUUGUCCAAAGGAGCGUCAGUUGAUGCCAAAACAAAAGAUGGAUAUACAGCGCUCCAUCUAGCGGUGGAGUGUGGUAAACCCCAGGUGGUUCAAAUGCUGUUGGGUUAUGGUGCACAAGUAGAGUUCAAAGGCGGAAAGGCCGGGGAAACUCCCCUUCACAUUGCUGCUAGGACAAAAGACGGUGAAAGAUGUGCAGAAAUGUUGUUGAAAAGUGGAGCGGAUGUUAAUGCCGCCAGGGAGAAUGGAGAGACCGCUAUGCAUAUUGCUGGCAGGAAUGGACAACUGAAGAUGAUACAGGCUCUACUGGAGGAGGGCGGAGAUCCAACACAACAGUCCAAGAAUGGAGAAACUCCCCUACAUGUUGCUGUUCGUCACUGCCACUUGAUUGUUGCUACAGAACUAUUAACUUUCGUCAGCAGGAUGUCGUCACGGAUAGACGCCGUCAUGUUGGUCAACCAGCAGAACUGGGAGGGAGAGACGCCAGUGCACUACGCAGCAGAACUUGUCAAAAGCAUGAUGCAUUUCGAGUUUGAAGACACGGACAUCAUGCGAUUACUUCUACAAUACGAUGGGGACAAAAACAUACAAACUAAACUUACUCACGAGACUCCUUUGCAUUAUUGUGCACGUGCGGGCAAUGAGGAUAUUUUGAUGGAGAUUGUGAAACACAUUGGGAACACCAGCAUUCAAAGCGCAGUCAACAAACAGUCCAAGAAUGGAUGGUCUCCAUUACUUGUGGCUAGUGAAGAAGGUCAUCUUCAGAUCGUAAAAAUUCUCCUUCAAUACCAUGCACGAGUGGACGUUUUUGACGAGUAUCACGGAAAAGCAGCACUCCAUCUUGCAGCAGAAAACGGCCACGAACAAGUGGCUGAUGUUUUAUUGUGGCAUAAAGCCUUUGUAAACGCGAAGUCCAAGCUGGGUUUAACACCACUCCACCUAGCGGCGCAAAAUGGCUACAAUGAAUUAGUCCGUUUGCUAAUAGAGACACAUGGUGCUGUUAUCGAUGCUCUGUCACUGGCAAAACAGACUCCAUUGCACAUGGCGGCGCAGUGUGGAAAAAUGGAGGUUUGCAACACGUUACUGAAAAUGAGAGCAGACGCCAACGCUACCGAUGUCCAUGGACAAACACCUCUCCACCUAGCGGCAGAAAAUGAUCACUCGGACGUUGUCAAGUUGUUCCUAAAACAUAGGCCAGAACUGGUCUCCAUGGCAAACACGAAUGGAAUGACUUGUGCACACAUCGCUGCAGCGAAAGGAAGCGUCGCUGUCAUCCGGGAACUGAUGAGGUUCAAUAAGACGGUUGUGACAACUGCCAGAAACCGGACAAAUAACUCCACGGCUCUUCAUCUCGCGGCAGCUGGAGGUCAUAAGGAAGUUGCGGAGGUACUUUUGAAAGCGGGGGCAUUAGCUACUGACGAAAAUGCGGACGGAAUGACGGCUAUCCAUCUAUGUGCUAAACAUGGUCACGUCAACAUUCUGGAUGGCUUGGAUGGUCAUGUAAACUGGAGAAUCACCAGUAAAAAGACUGGUCUCAGUGCUAUUCACUGCGCUGCACAUUACGGACAGGUGGACUUUGUACGAGAGAUGCUUACAAAAGUUCCUGCCACUGUGAAGAGCGAACAUCCUGGGGGAGGAGAUUCUGGAUUGAAGGAUCUCGGAACAGAGUCAGGCUUAACGCCUCUUCAUUUGGCGGCACAGUCUGGUCACGAAGGCUUGGUUCGCCUUCUGCUGAAUUCACCAGGUGUCCAGGCAGACGUAUCCACUAACUCUCAGGGAUCCAUCCCACUACACUUGGCGGCACAGGGAGGACACGCAUCAGUAGUCUCGCUUCUGCUCAGUAAAUCAACGUCACAACUUCAUGUUAAAGACAAACGAGGACGUACGGCACUCCAUCUAGCGGCCGCUAAUGGUCACAUCUUUAUGGUUGCACUAUUAUUAGGCCAAGGCGCAGAUAUAAACGCCUGUGACAAGAACGGAUGGACAGCUCUUCAUUUUUCUGCUAAGGCAGGAUAUUUGAACGUUGUCCAACUCCUUACAGAAAGUGGUGCAUCUCCAAAGUUUGAAACAAAAGAAGGAAAAGUUCCAAUAUGUUUCGCCGCUGCCGCUAAUCACUCAGAUGUACUGAGUUUUCUGAUGAGACGAGAACACAACACAAAUCACUUAAUGGACGACAAGAAGUUCGUCUUUGACUUGAUGGUGUGUGGUAAAAACAGCCACAACAAAUGUAUUGAGGAGUUCAUCCUUUUAUCACCUGCUCCAGUGGAUACUGCUGCUAAACUUUCAAACAAUUUUCGUAUUCUCGCCGUUAGGGAAAAGGAAAGAUCACGUGAUUUGACUUCUGCGGGAGAUUAUUGUGAAAACAUGGCAACAGAACUCCUAGCUAUUGCAGCUAGUGCCAACAGUGCAGGUCACAUUCUAAAAGCCGUUGAUUGUAACGGAACACCAUUUCUAGACGUUCUUAUUGAGAAUGAGCAGAAAGAGGUUGUUUCACACCCAGCCGUCCAGAAGUAUCUAACGGAUGUAUGGAUGGGAAAUUUGAAAUGGGCCACAUGGAAAAUUGUGAUGGUGUUUAUGGCCUUUCUUCUCAAUCCCAUUAUCUGGCUUAUGUUUUCGUUACCGCUACGUCAUCGUUUCAAUCGCGUACCUAUCAUCAAGUUUAUGGCGUAUCUUGUUAGCCACCUCUACCUUAUGCUGUUAUUUCUUCUAACUGUUGUUUAUCCUCGCAGCCCCAUCUGGCAGUCUGCUUCCAUGAUCCCAAGUGUUUAUGAAUGGCUCCUGUUGUCAUGGUUAUCUGGGCUCCUUGUGUCAGAGCUGACAAACCCCGGUGACAGAGGAGGACUUGGAUGGGUGAAGGUAAUCUCCAUAGGAAUAAGUGCUAUUGGAGUAUUUUGUCAUGUGUUGGCUUUUGCCUUUGACACAGACGAGAGACUGCUUCUCAUCUUCAUCCGAAAUUAUUUCUUUGCCUGGGCUUUGUUGAUGUGUUUUGUUCAGCUGUUAGACUUUUUGUCCUUCCAUCAUCUGUUUGGUCCCUGGGCCAUCAUUAUCAGGGAUUUACUCAAAGACUUGACUCGAUUUUUAGUUAUAUUAUUAAUAUUUAUCGCUGGAUUCACGUUGCAUUUACUUGCUAUAUAUCAGCCUGUGUAUGCACCAAAGACAGUUGACCCAAGUCAAGGGCUUGGGGAUGGAAAUGGAGAGGCGAAUGUAUCACAGAUAACAUUGAUCGAGUCGUUUGGGCUCCUCUUCUUCUCUUUGUUUGGGUUAGUGGAUCCUGACGGUUUACCUACCACUAAUCAGAGCCCAAUAUGGGUGGUAUAUAUGGCUAAGGUGACUUUUGGAAUUUACAUGAUGGUGACCUUGAUUGUGUUGAUAAACCUUCUGAUCGCUAUGAUGUCAGACACUUAUCAGCGAAUCCAGCAACAAUCAGACACGGAGUGGAAAUUCGGACGGGCUAAACUCAUCCGAAACAUGAACAAAACUUCGGCGACUCCUUCUCCACUCAAUCUGUUUACCAAGCUCUUCACGUACUGUAGAGCCAUUUGUAAACAUAAAGGAAAGCUAUGUAACGUGCACGCGGAUGAUUACGUCAGUGAUGACGAUGACAUAGAUGCAUUUUCUGAUUCCCGCUCUGUGGAUUUGUUGGCUCAUAAUUCUGGAUGGUUAAAGAGUGUCGUCAGACGUAACACACAGGUCGCUCCUGAUGGCGGGUUUCUUCGCGUUUCACAUCAUACACAUGGUCCAUUGAGGUUAGAAGACGUGGUGGAUUGGCCGAUGGUUGUAAAGAAAUACCAAUCCAUGCAAGGCAUCGAGGACAUUGGGACAGGUCUCUCCGAUGAGGAUGAAAAUGAUGCCGUCAAUAAGGGCGUGUCCAGUUUUGAGAAAGAACCGAUUACAUAGGGAGGGGCGACUGUUGUUAGCUAUUUCACAACCUGUGCCUUAUGCCGGGCAAUACUGCAAUCAUGAAGCACAAAUUUACAAAAUUAAAUGUACAUUAAGUAUCAUUGCUUUCUUUCUAAUAAAGACAAUCUAUCCACCCAGUAA